AUGAGGAAGCGAUCCCCGUCCCCGUCCACCCGCCACUCCGACAUCGCUCGUCUCCUCGACCCAGCCUAUGCCUCUCCGAACUCACAUCCGUACAACGGAUUCAACACCAACGGCAUACGCCAUGUUUACGUCGACCAUCACGGCGACCUCCACGACCCAGACUUCCGCCACUUCCCCAUCAUGCACUCCCAUCUCACCAGUCACCGCCAGAGGUGGGAAACUUCUUACACAACACCCGCAGACGACGAUGACGAUGACGACGACGACGACGACGAGUACGAAGAAGAGAAGAGAAGGUCCUCUCUCGAGACACAACGGCGGAGACCGUCGUCGUCUACCGCGUACCACUCCUCGACUAUUGCCACUGCGGCACACGCCUAUCCUCUAUAUGAGGAACCUUCCUCCUAUACCUCGCGACAUUUCGCAGAGGACGACGAGGACCUGUUCGAACGCGCCCCUCUCAAGGAAAGGGAGUGGCCAUUUUCGACCCGCACUCGCUCGCCGCGUCACAAACCUCUCCGGGAUAACACCAAUGAAAAGACGGAGCAGGCAGGCGAGGACCCAAAUUCGAGAGAAGAGGACUGGACACCCAGCUGUACAGACAGUCUGCGUCGACAGUGGCAGGCAAUCGCACUCAGUCUGCGAUUCAGUCUCUUCAGAACGAAACGCCGUCUCAAGCGACGCAUGACUCGCUAA